AUUGAUGUGGUCCCUGUAAACAAGAGGCAGGCAGUGAGUGCCUGAGGUGCGUGAGAGAGAAGCGGUGAGGAAAGAAACAUACACCCCCUAAGUUGUUACCCUGCCCGGCCUCCUGGAUACAGUAACAGCAGUGAUUAAUGAAGCAAGGAGAGGAAAAAGACUUUAAAUUCAUCAGAACACUUCUCCAGCCUGGCAGUGACCUCACACUCCUGCCUUCUGCAGAGUGGCAAUAAUGUCACUCUAAAGCAGUACAUGUGAAUGGUAAAACAAAGGAAUAAGACAAAAUUUGCUAAUAGCUUCAUCUUCCACACAUGUCAUGGAGUAAAGAGAGUGCACCUGGAGUUACCUACACCACUCAUAAGCACCCCUGUGGCCACUGUUCCAUCGGUAUUGACGUGUGGAAGGCUGACAAGGCACAAUGACCUCCACAUCCUCCUCGGACCACAUCAACGCCACCAGGAAGCGGCUGGAGGAAGCCCUGGGCCCUGAGAAGAAAGCCAAGUACUUCUAUUACAUGAAGCAGUGGUUCAGGAUGCGGAUGACAAAGGAGGAGUUUGACACCAGUGCACGGGAUCUCCUUGCCCUCAACUCCGUCCACUUGCACAAUGACUUCCUCCUGGCCAUCUUUGCGAAGUGCCAGCUGUUCUUCACCUCCUCCUCCUCUUCCUCCUCCUCUUCCUCCUCCUCCUCCACAGCCUCCCGCACCGACUCCCACCAUCGCCAUGACGACCAGCAGAGGGUCGAUGCAAGCAGCGGAGUGGGAGCCUGGGACCACUCAGCCUCCACCAACUUGCACUCUACCCCACCAGCAGACCGCAAGAAGCUCAAGGCAAAGAAGAAAAACAAGUUGUCAAGGCCCACCUUUGAUGGCAACUUUGAGCCAGUCAGUGUGCACAGCGCAGCCUCCACUGCCACUCUGCGUGAGCCCCAGGCCAUCAUGGAUGCAGGGGUUGGCUACAUGUCCCGCUCUAUGUGUCUGCUGGACACCGGGCCACUCAAGGGCCGCCUGCUGCUGGCUGCCUGGGACCACGGCAUCACUCAGGUGGCUGACAAUGUGGCCAACAUGCUGCAGGAGGCCACCCAGCAAUGCCUGAAGAACAUCCUGAUCGCAGUGAUCAGUCGGCGGCGAGGGUACCGCCUUAGGGAGGGCUGCUUUGUUCACUCCCUGGGCACCACACCUCCUAACCCGUGGCUGAGGAACACUGCCUCCCUCUCUGACUGGACAUCUGAGAGCCUGGGCCUGCCGGUGAGUGAAGGCAGUGAUGCAGGGGAGCGACCAGUGUGGCCCACAGUAGACCUGGCAGAACAGAACGCAGCUCAUCUGGCUUCCUGCGCCCCUCAAGUGGAGCAUCCCCUUCCUCCCAUCAGCUGCAGGGACCUCUUUGAGACCCUCCAGGUGCACAAGAGUGUGGUGCCAUGCCACUCAGCGUACAUACUAGGCAUGGAGAGGAUAUCAUCCCGGCUGUGGCAUCCCAGCUGGGGGGAGGUGGAGCAGGAGGCCAUGGCAGCACAGGAGGCUUCCCUCAGGGACACUCUCAAGGAACACAGACUGGCAGCCAAUCCUGUCAACUGAGCUCCUCAUCUCUUUUAUAUAAGGUUCCUUUGCACUUUGUUAAUGAUGCAAGACCACACUACAAUCAAGAAUGGCAAGACAGGAGUGAUGGUACUAGACCUUAUCAGGCAUUCAUGAGUGUUGCAGAAAUGGAGUGAGAGUGAAUUAUGAAGUGAAUUAUCAACUAGUUCAUGCAUGGGUGGUUGGCAAGGGGUUUGUACUCCCAACCCAUACAAAGAUGGACUUUUAUUUAAUCAGAGUGGAGUGCAUGUGUGAAAGAGAUGCUGUCUUAGCUACAUGCACCUUGCAGGGACAUGUAUUUGGACAUAGGCAGUCAUGGUGAAUUCCACAUUAUCAGCCAUAUCUUCUGAAUACUUGGUUCUUAUUAGAAGGAAGUAACAUCUUAGCACACAUGCCUUGAGUGUCUAUUCCUUCUGUCCUCUCCCAGGUACUUAGGAGAGCAGCAACUGACCUCUGCCUUCAUCUUGCAGGUCACAUCCUGCUUGCUGAGAUGUUGUGUACCUUCCUUAAUCCAGAGUGUACAGAAAAACAAAGUGGCUGAUUAUUUUAAGUGCUCUCUCUCUCUCUCUCUCUCUCUCUCUCUCUCUCUCUCUCUCUCUCUCUCUCUCUCUCUCUCUCUCUCUCUCUCUCUCUCUCUCAUAGCAUAGUCCAUUCAUUCUUACCUUGCAACUGGACCCUAAGCUAUGUUGGUAAACCCUUCGCUGACUGGACAGUGGCUUCUGUAAACUUGUUGGCAAUUGGUUUGUGGCUCAGUCAGCCUGUUCUCCCAGUCAGCACAAACACUGACCUCUCCACACAAAUUUAAUUUUUCUUGGCUAUGUCGCCUUUAUUUUGUGCAAUAUUAGGUUUCUUGGUAUUAGCAGAAGAAUUAGAAUAGAUUAUUUUUUUAAAUUAUAGGGAAGCUAAAAUUGACAAAAAAUAACAGAUAAUGCAAGUUGAAGUCACAGAUGAAACUGAAAAUGUUUAUAACAAAUUUUGUGUUAUGCUGUUUUGUUUGUGGAUUGAUGAUGAUGAUGCAAAUGAACACAGUGGGAUGUGAUGAGAGAAAGCUUUGAACAAAAUGAUAUCACAUUUUAGACGGCAAAAAAAGGAAAAGUAGUCAGCAACUUUUUUGUCUUUAGGUGUUGGUACAAAACAAUGGUGGCUGAGUGCUUGUGUCUUUGCUCACAGUGCCAGGCUGUCACCAUCUUGUGCCUAUCUGACUACCACACUUCCUUUCUGCCUUGCCUAAAAUUUGAUAGUAAUCUUCAGAACUAUCACAUACCACUACUUUGUCAUGAAUUCCAUGAAAAAAGCAUCAUAGAACAGAAAAAAACAGACAUUACCAAAACUGUCUAGAACUUCAUCUCAAUAAUACAUUAACAUUUAUUAUGUCCACUGAUUAAAAGACCAAGAAAGCAUUGCACGAAGUAUGGGAGAUAGUGAGAAAUAAAACAUGCAGUGUGGAGAGACCAGGGUGUGCAUGGAGGAGGAAACAUGCAGACUGAUCAACCAAUACACAAGCCAGCAGUGAGGUCACAAGAGCCACUAUGCAAUCAGUGAUGGUACAGGUGGCUCAGGCUCCACUGCACAUUAGAAAGGAAUGAACCAACAAACCAGUACAAAGGAAUGAACCAACAAACCAGUACAAAGGAAUGAACCAACAAACCAGUACAAGUUCUAGGGAGCAGUGAAAGGUUUACACACACACAAACACACUCAAAUAUCUCUCUCUCUCUCUCUCUCUCUCUCUCUCUCUCUCUCUCUCUCUCUCUCUCUCUCUCUCUCUCUCUCUCUCUCUCCACAGUCACUGCCCACACAAAAACUGCCUCCCAUCACCACAGCCUAUCAACACAGUACAUCUUCCUACAACAAGUUUACAAACCAGUCAGUCCCCUCUGUAUUCACAAUCAGCCAGCAUGUCUACCUUAGUAAUGCCUUUCACAACAGGGAGUUGGAACAUUUACAUGUCAAAAGAUGACAUGGACCAGAGGAUCAUAUAUAAAAGGUUGGAUGCAAGACUUGUGUCAAAAAUCAUAUGUAACAAUAAACAAAACACUGUAACAAAUUUGUGAAGAUGAGAAACCUAUUCAGAGAGCCUGGAGAACACUUGAGAGAGAGAGAGAGAGAGAGAGAGAGAGAGAGAGAGAGAGAGAGAGAGAGAGAGAGAGAGCAAAUUACAUGUUGCCUAACCUGGUAUUUAGGUGAAAAAAUUAGAAAAUGUAAUCUUCGUACAAGUACAUACUGCACAUCAUUAAAAUGUUGUCAUCAAUCAGUCGUGGAACACCUGGAGAGCAAGUAACGCUCAUCAUGGUAACACAAAAGCACGUGGUCACAGAACAUGCUGAGAGUAAUAAAUAAAUGACACGUAUUCCAUAUGGUUAUGGAAUUUUACAUACAAAUUAUAAUUAAGAAUUAAAUAUUACACAUAUA